AUGGGUAACUGCUGCUCAUCAUGCUGUGGAGGCCGCUCCCGCGAAGGUCUGUACGAGCCUGUUUUGGCCGAUAGCGAGCGCGAGGCCGUCGCCGACCUGUUACAAUAUCUCGAAAACCGUGGAGAGACCAACUUCUUCUCCGGAGAACCACUCAGGGCUCUUAGUACCUUGGUCUUUUCAGAAAAUAUAGACUUGCAACGCAGUGCAAGUCUUACCUUUGCCGAAAUCACUGAGAGAGAUGUACGAGAGGUUGAUCGAGACACGCUGGAACCCAUUCUCUUCCUGUUACAAAGCCCCGAUAUCGAAGUUCAGAGAGCCGCUAGUGCCGCCCUAGGCAACCUUGCCGUCAACACUGAGAACAAGGUCAUAAUCGUCCAGCUUGGAGGAUUAACACCGCUCAUCCGACAGAUGCUAUCGCCAAAUGUUGAGGUCCAGUGCAAUGCCGUAGGAUGCAUCACCAACUUGGCUACACAUGAAGAAAACAAGGCCAAGAUUGCACGGUCUGGUGCCCUGGGCCCCCUGACGAGGCUUGCCAAAUCCCGAGAUAUGCGUGUGCAGCGGAACGCUACCGGUGCUCUCCUCAACAUGACACAUUCUGAUGAGAACCGACAGCAGCUCGUUAAUGCCGGCGCUAUUCCCGUCCUAGUCCAGCUCCUCUCUUCUCCCGAUGUUGAUGUACAGUACUACUGCACUACCGCCCUCAGUAACAUUGCCGUUGACGCCAAUAACCGACGAAAGCUGUCGUCCACUGAACCAAAACUCGUCCAAUCCCUGGUCCAUCUCAUGGACUCCUCGUCCCCAAAGGUCCAAUGUCAGGCUGCGUUGGCCCUGCGAAACCUUGCGUCCGAUGAAAAGUACCAAAUUGAGAUUGUCCGAGUCCAAGGCUUACCCCCGCUCCUUCGUCUCCUUCAGUCAUCUUACCUUCCCUUGAUACUGUCGGCUGUUGCUUGUAUACGAAACAUCUCCAUACACCCAAUGAAUGAAUCGCCCAUCAUUGACGCCAACUUCCUCAAGCCACUGGUCGACUUGCUCGGAUCCACCGACAACGAAGAGAUUCAAUGCCACGCCAUUUCGACUUUGCGCAACCUGGCAGCCAGCUCAGACCGAAACAAGGCUCUGGUAUUGGACGCCGGCGCUGUCCAGAAGUGUAAACAGCUGGUGCUUGAUGUGCCGGUGACGGUACAGUCGGAAAUGACGGCUGCCAUUGCAGUUUUGGCUCUUAGCGACGAUCUCAAGUCACAUCUUCUCAAUCUCGGAGUGUGCGAUGUCCUCAUACCCUUGACUCAUUCGCCCAGCAUCGAGGUUCAAGGCAACAGUGCUGCUGCCUUGGGUAACUUGUCCUCCAAAGUCGGCGACUAUUCAAUCUUUGUUCAAAAUUGGAACGAUCCAAAUGGAGGAAUACACGGAUAUCUUAGCCGAUUCCUGCAAUCAGGUGACGCCACAUUCCAGCAUAUUGCCGUCUGGACCUUGUUGCAAUUAUUCGAGUCUGAAGAUAAGACUUUGAUUGGUCAUAUUGGCAAAGCCGACGACAUUAUCGAGAACAUCCGAGCUAUUGCAAACCGACAAGUCGAAGCUGAGCCCGAGUUUGAAGACGAAGAUGAGGGCGAAGUGGUGAAUUUGGCUCAACGUUGCCUGGAACUGUUGGGUCAGAGCAUGUCUAAAGCCCACAUCGAGGGCUAA